AAUCCCUUCAUCCCGACCAAUUUCGACCUGCUGACAGUCGAUGCGGACAUCGAGAGCAUUCCGGUGAUCAUCCACAAUACGCCGAUGAUGCGCGUGUGGUUCAAACAGGACGUCGAAUUUCUCAAGCCCAAAACGCUAAUGAAUUUGGACUUUUGCAGCCCGAUCGUGUAUUCGGAUCCACUCAACUGCAACCUGACGCAUCUGUUCGUGCAGCUGUUCAAGGACCACCUGAACGAGUAUCUGUAUGCGGCCGGUUUGGCGGGGCUGCGGUUGGGGGUUGCCAAUACGACUUAUGGCGUUAGCGUCUCGAUAGGAGGAUAUAGCCACAAGCAGCAUAUUCUUCUGGAGAAGAUGCUGGAUGAUAUGUUCAACUUCAAAAUUGACGAGAAGAGAUUCGAAAUCCUCAAGGAGCAAUAUAUACGGAAUUUAAAGAACUACCAGGCCGAGCAGCCAUACCAGCAUGCUGUCUACUAUUUGGCCCUGUUGCUCACUGAGCAAGCAUGGUCCAAACAGGAGUUGAUUGAUGCUACGGAAUUGGUAACCGUCGACCGGUUACGAACCUUCAUUGACGAGCUGCUGUCACGAAUGCAUGUCGAGUGCUUCAUCUACGGAAAUGUGAACAAGGAGAAGGCAUUGGAGAUGUCUAGUAAGGUUGAAGACAAACUGAAGAAAACGGAUGCUAAUGUGGUGCCACUUCUUGCCCGACAACUGAUGUUGAAGCGUGAAUAUAAGCUGAACAACGGUGAAAACUGUCUGUUCGAAAUGACCAACGAGUUCCACAAGAGCUCGUGUGCCGAACUGUACCUGCAGUGCGGCAUGCAAAAUGACCAAGCCAACGUGUACGUGGACUUGGUAACGCAAAUCCUGAGCGAACCGUGCUACAACCAGCUGCGGACCAAAGAACAGCUCGGUUACAUCGUGUUUUGCGGUUCGCGCAAAUCGAACGGCGUGCAGGGCAUCCGAGUGAUUGUCCAAUCGGCCAACCAUCCGGCGUUCGUCGAGGAGCGGAUAGAGCACUUCCUGAACGGAAUGGUCGACUAUCUCGAAAACAUGACCGAGGAGGAGUUCAAACGACACAAGGAGGCACUGGCCGCCAUGAAGCUGGAAAAGCCCAAGAGGCUAUCGUCUCAGUUUACGAAAUUCUUGAACGAAAUCGCUUUGCAGCAAUACCACUUCAACCGGGCGCAGGUGGAGGUGGCCUUCUUGCAAACGCUCACCAAGCAGCAGAUCGUUGACUAUUACAAGGAAUACAUCGUGAAGGACGCCUCCCUACGACGGUCGCUCUCGAUCCACGUAGUGUCCACUGCCGAGGGUGGUGCCGGUCACAAAGAUGCCCCGGCUGACGUGGCCAAACAAUCAACCGACGACGCCAGCACACAGAAAGACUUCGUCAAAGUUGGCGACCUGGCCGGAUCCAAAUCCACCCGAGCCCUGUAUCCCAUGGUGCAGCCAUACAUCGACAUCAAACCAAAGGGCAGUAAGUGUAAGCUUUAAACGAAUGUUUGUCUGUUGUUCGAAGGUUCUUUCCAGAGUCAAUAGUUUUCUUUCUCAUUGAGUAACGUGCGGUGCUGAUGCAGUCAUCCAAUUUUUAAACAAUGAGGUCGUUUUUUGUAUACUAGAUAUUGCGUGUUAUUUUGUAGAUAGUUUUUUUUCGGUUGUACAUUUUCGUGACAAUUUAGUUUAACUCGGGUUUCAUUGUGCUGAAGAAGAAUGUCUGACAUUCGCUAUUGAUUGGAUGAUGUCGGGUAAUAAAAGUGAGAGUAAAGCAGCUUGCGCCCAGCGGAGCAUCCAUUUGAGGCAUGCGGCGCGAUUGAUCGACAAUUAACU